AUGUCGACCUUCAACGAUACCCAAUUGGUCACCAUUGACCGCGCAUACUUCGAUACGCUCGUUCGACGUGCCAAUUUUAACCGCGAAGAUAUCUUGUCGAGCUCGGACGUUUCCAUUUCCAGAUCGGAGUACGAUGGCCUGAAGCAAAUCUCCGCCAAAUAUGCGAACUUGCGACAGAAUUUAGAGAGAGGUGGCGUCGACGGUGCAACCAUUGAUCUUCUCAGCAAAGACGAUGCUACGCUCAAGCAGCAGGCAGCACCUCCUACCCCAGCCACUGCUAGGUCGAACAACGAGACCACCGCGCUUGAAGCCUCUCAGUCCCCCGGUUCGAGGGUGCUGACUGCUCCAAAGGGAUCUUUCGGCAACGACUACAAGACUUACGAUGUACAGUCCAAGGCGCCUGCUCGUGUCCAUACCCUUGAGGUACCAAACUGGGUGGAUGAGGUUGCAGGCGACGAGGAUAUCUCGGUCUCUGGCGGUGGACCGGUUCGCAAUAUCCAAUCGCAGGGCUGCAAUAACCACACCCUGAGCUGCCCACACUACGAGCGGCAGUGUGCAAGAUCCAUCUUCCUCAGCAAACUUCCUGACAACACAACCCAUGCGGAUAUCACGCAGGCCAUUCGUGGCGGCCAGUUGCUGGACAUCUAUUUGCGGCCCAACGAUGGUACAGCGGCUGUGUCAUUCCUUCUCGCAGCCGAUGCCAGGGCUUUCUAUGACCAUGUGAAGCGUCACGACUUGUACAUCAACCAGAAGCGGGUCGAAAUUCGCUGGAAUGAUCGUCAAUUCAUCUUGCCCGGCCAUGUCGCCAGCAAGAUCGGUGUCGGUGCUACUCGGAAUCUCGUAAUCCGACGUUGCGAUCCGCGAUUUACGGAGCAGGAGAUUCGAAAUGAUCUCGAUCAUAUUCACAACCUCGUCGUGAUCAAGGUCGAGUUCAUCGGCGGGAGCUGCUAUAUCAAGACUAACUCUGUGAACAAUGCGAUGUUUGCCAAAACUUGCAUGAUGAGCCGAGCCAAAUACAAGGGCAGCAAAAUUGAUUGGGACGUGGACGAAUGUGACCAACCUUUUGCAAAGACACCACAGCCCAAGCCACGUCAGCAUACGCCCAUCAGGAACCAUGGCAGCGGGAUGGCGAACCGCUUCAACCUUCUGGACAUUGACGACGACGGGGACGCCUUUUCGUCGCCCGAGUUUGGCGCCGCCAAGAAGACCAUGCUAGCUGCCUAG